CGGGUGCGAGGCCUCUCGCCUCACUUCAUCGCAGAGAUCCGAAGGAGUGGAAAGGGUGCCUACAGCGUAGCGAGGCGCCAUGUCUGGCCGUGGCAAGAGCGGCGGUAAGGCCCGAGCAAAGGCCAAGUCUCGCUCGUCUCGGGCAGGGCUGCAGUUCCCCGUCGGGCGCGUUCACCGGCUGCUGCGGCGGGGGCACUACGCGGAGCGGGUGGGGGCCGGCGCCCCCGUGUACCUAGCCGCCGUGCUGGAGUACCUGACGGCCGAAAUCCUGGAGCUGGCGGGCAACGCGGCGCGCGACAACAAGAAGACGCGCAUCAUCCCCCGCCACCUGCAGCUGGCGGUGCGCAACGACGAGGAGCUCAACAAGCUGCUGGGCGGCGUCACCAUCGCGCAGGGAGGCGUUCUGCCCAACAUCCAGGCCGUGCUGCUGCCCAAAAAGACGAGCGGCGGCGGCGGCGGCGUGGGCCCCACCAAGCCCGGCAAGAAGGGCGGGCAGCAGUCGCAGGAGUACUAGGACGGCCGGCUGGCCGACGCACCACCACCACCAAACAAAGGCCCUUUUCAG